AUGGGUGAAGAAGGAGCAUCGUCAUCCGGACUUUCAAGUUCGCAUGACAAAGAUUCUGCUUUUGAUGCUACUUCACAUGAAGCAAUGUAUAAAAAUAAAGGUAUGACACCAGAUGCUAUGCGUAAGCGACGUGAGGAAGCUUGCGCUGAAAUUCGUAAAGCUAAGCGAUAUGAUGAUUUAAACAAACGACGCCAAAUGGAUAUGGCACAAGCUAAUUUGGAGGAAGAAUCAGGAUACGAAGCUGCGUGUACUACAGUGGAUGGGCGAAUCUUUACAAAACUACGUGGAGAAUGCCCGGAAGAUAUAGAGGAAGCUCUGGAUUUCUAUAGACGCCGUUUUCGCACAGGUAAUGCCAGUGAUGUGGCAGAUGAAAUUGUUGUACUGAAUUUAAUACCUCGCAUUGUGGAAUUGUUGAGAACUGGGCCAACUUUUAAUAUACGUCGAACUGCUACUCAUAUUGUUGGCGCUAUUGUUUCCGUCUGUUCAAUGCAUACCGAAGCAAUUGUCAAAAGCGGUGUUGUUCCAGAUUUGGUUGAUUUGAUUUGUAAUCCAGAUCGUGAAAUGCGUGAGCUAACAUUAUUUGCACUGGGUAACAUAGCCGCUGAGUGUUGUGAAUACAGGGAUCUUUGCAUUGGAUAUGGUAUGGCCGAUAAAAUGACGAUGAUUCCAAAUAGUACUAUGACAUUAAUGGAAGCGCGAUGUGCUGUUUGGGCUGCUUCUAAUUUAUGUCGUGGAAAAAAUCCUCCAGUUGAUCUCCAAAAGAUUGCUGUGCUGCUGCCAUUGUUCAACGAAGCCUUGUACAGUAAUGACACAUUAAUUAUCUCAGAUGCAUGUCGUGCAUUUGGUCGGUUGCUUGAUGCUGCACCAGAAAGUUCAUAUAAAUAUAUUCUGAAGGCAAAUACCAUUGAAUGUCUAGUAGAGCAUAUGGGAAAUCCAAAUUCAAAAAUAUCUUUAGCAGCAUUACUUGCGGUUGGAAAUAUUGUUUCAGGAGAUGAUGAGCAAACACAAAGUGUUUUAAACUGCGCGAAUGCGUUGAACUACAUUCAUCGUCUCUUGCUGGAUGGUGAUCAGAAAAUGAAGCGUGAAGUAUGUUGGGUGCUAUCGAAUGUUGCUGCUGGUACGUCUUCGCAGAUACAGACCAUCUUUGAUGCUGGAAUUAUUCCAUCUUUGAUACAAGUUUUGAAGACGGAAACAUUCCAAGUUCGUUCAGAGGCCUGUUGGGUGAUUGCUAAUACGAUUACUGGUGGUAACAGAGAACAUAUAGCAAGAAUUGUACGUGAAGGUGCUCUUACCCCACUUAGUGAUAUGCUAACUGUCAUGGAUUGCGGUGUUGUUGUUAUGGUAUUGAAAGCACUGAGUGAGAUUCUGGAAUGCGGUGAAUAUUUUAAAGUUGAUGGCCAAAAUCCUUACGCUGCCAGAUUGGAAGAACUGAACGUGGUCGAUAAACUCGAAUUCUUGAUGUUAAGUGCGAAUACGGAAAUAUUUUUUAAAGCAUGCACAAUCAUGGAGAAAUACUAUCUUCGCGACAAUAAUGAGGAAAAUAAUGCUGCUAACAAUGAAAAUAAUGUAGUUCGCAAUCAUAAAUUAAAUAAUUUUAAUUUCUCUUAA